UAGCCAAGUAAAUCUUUAAUCGAUUGACGUUUUUCCCAUUUGAAACAAAAACACUCUACGAUAACAGCAGUUUAUAGCUCCCGAAAUAAUAUGUUGAUUAACUAGAGUAGAUUGGAUUAAACUUUGACUGAGGCGAUAAGGUCGCAGCUCUUGCAGGCAUCGGGCCUUAUAAAUCAUUCAAAUCGGCAAUUUCGAUUAAAUUGAAUUGCCAAUAUAAAUAGGUUCAGUUUGGGCUGCAAUAACCAGUACCCGUUGUCAACAUGAAGGUUUUAGUAGUUGUCGCUCUUUUGGUGGCUUGCGCCCAAGCAGGCAGCAUUUCCGACAUUGCCCAAAAGUUGAUCCCCAGCUUCGCCACUGGCUACAUCAUCAAGGGCCAAGAUGCCGUGGAACACUCCGCCCCCUAUAUUGUCUCCUUGAGCAGGACUACUAAGCACUCGCACAUCUGCGGCGGCACCAUCAUCUCCAAGGAAUGGAUCUUGACUGCUGCUCACUGCAUUAGUGACCCCGUUGGCAUGGGUGUUAUUGCCGGGUUGCAUGUUCGUAGCGAUGUCAACGAGAAGACCCAGUCCCGUGAAGUCGACUUUGGUAAGGUACAUGAAAACUACAGCGGUGGAGUUGGUCCCUACGAUAUUGCCAUUUUGCACGUGUCCGUUCCCUUCGAAUUCAAUUCCUGGGUUCAACCGGCUGCUCUGCCUGCUGUCGAAGAAAUCCACUCUGGCGAAACCCAUUUGUAUGGCUGGGGUCAACCUAAAUCCUACGUCCUCACCGCUGCCAAAACUUUGCAAACCGUCGAAACACAAAUUGUUGAGUAUGAAACCUGCAAGGAGGUUUUGCCCGAAAACGCCCCAUUGCACGAGACCAACGUCUGUUCCGACUCCUUGCAACAAAGCAUCUCUGCUUGCAAUGGCGACUCUGGCGGCCCAUUGGUUGUUGAACACGAAGGCGCUCCCUCCGAAUUGAUUGGCAUUGUUUCAUGGGGCUAUAUCCCCUGCGGCUUGGCUAACAUGCCUUCCAUUUACACCCGUGUUUCUGCCUACAUUGAUUGGGUUGCCAAGAUCCAAAGCGCCUACUAUGUCCUCCACUAAAAAUCAAUAAAGGAACGCAUUGCAAUUUCUUCAUACGAACAUUAUUAAAUCAAUCAAA